ACUUGGAGCAGUUGGGUGACAACGCUGCUGGGCAAGGCUAUUCAUUUUUGAAUAGAAAAUGAUCAGACUGGCCAAAUUCAACGCCCGAAAUUUAUUUUUAGGAUUUUUCCUUUUCGCAUUUGCUUUUUUGAUUUUCUUUUGGCAAUUUGUUGGACUAUCAUCACCUCAAAAUGUGUCUGUUAAUUCAAUUGAAUCUGAAACCGUUCCGCCGUCAAUGGCCAGCACCGGUGCAGUGUCGGAAGUGAUGGAAACAACGACAGAGAAAAUCACGUCUCAGCGCAGUUGCAACCGAACGUUCAAUAAAGUGGCUAACGAAAAUCCCGCCGGGCCAUUCCGGUGGUGCAGUGCGGAUUCAUCCGCACGCGGAGCCCACCAGAAAGUCAUCAGUUAUUCCUUGUUUGGUACUGGCAAGAACGAAAACGUGUCCGUGUCUGAUCGUUACCUCAAGUUGUUAAGAAAUAUUUCCAUGACGUCGGAGAAAUCCUAUCCCAGCUGGAUUGUCCGAAUUUACCACAAUUUUCACAAUCAAAGUGAGUCGGAAAAUGUCGUUUACGACCAGCUGUUUGAAUUGAGCUGCCAAUUCAAUCACAUCGACUUGUGCAGUCUAACAGAGAUGAUUGGGAGCCUCACCUCGCUGACACCCAUCGAUCCCGAUCUCCUUCGAGGCCUCAACGGCCGAAUGUUCCGCUAUUUGGUGAUGCUCGAUCCCAAUGUGGACAUUUUCGUUUCGAGGGACAUCGAUGGCAUCAUCUGGCAGAGAGAACUCGAUGCUGACCAGUGGCUCGAGUCCAACUUCACUUUCCAUCUGAUGAGGGACCACGUUUUCCACAGUGCUACCAUUUUGGCAGGAAUGUGGGGUGCCAAACUUCACCAACGCCGAGAUCUCGUCGAAGGAUUGACGAGAGCCAUGAUAUUGGCUGGCCAAAACCAGCGGAAAAGCACAGACCAAGUGGUGUUGGAUAAGAUCCUUUGGCCUUCAGCCCAAUAUGACGUGAUGGCUCAUGACAGCUACCACUGUCAAAACGGUAAACUCAACAAGAAGUCGCCCAUCAAAGUUUUGCCGUUCCCCACAAGACGCAACGGCACUUGUUUUGUUGCUGCGGGAAUCGGUGGGAAAGUCGGUGCUCAAAGGUGUCCGGAAGCAUGUCGACCCCCAGAUCACAAGGACUGGGAAUACUGUUAAUUCUAUUCAGCAUAUGUAUAAUAAAAUCAGGAGAUUCGAAGAAAUACAAAAUAGCCUAAUUAUUUUAAUUCACUGAAAA